UUCAUAAAUCAAUUUUUUGGAGAAAAAAUCUCAAAAAUAUUUCAAAUUCCAAUGGCCAUUUCUAAAGCUCUCUUUGCUUCAUUACUUCUCUCCUUGCUCCUUCUCGAGCAAGUCCAAUCUAUUCAGACUGAUCAAGUGAGCAGCAAUGCUAUUUCUGAAGGCGCUGAUUCCUACAAGAAAAUUGACUGUGGGGGAGCUUGUGCAGCAAGGUGCCGAUUAUCAUCAAGGCCAAGAUUGUGUCAUAGGGCAUGUGGAACUUGUUGUGCUAGAUGCAACUGUGUUCCUCCUGGUACUUCUGGCAACACUGAGACUUGCCCUUGCUAUGCCAGUUUGACUACUCAUGGCAACAAACGUAAAUGCCCUUAAAUUUCUUCUAAAAAUAUCGUAUAUCGUGUGAUUACCACGGAUAUGUUAUUAUUGUAGUGUAUUAUUUUGUCAUAUAUUGUGUCAAUAAUCAAAAUCCAGUAAAAUAUCUUUAGCGUGGGUAAUUUAUUUUUUGGGGUGUUGUCUUUGUAAUUUUGAGGAAAUUUUAUUUGUGUGUUGAUUAGUACAUCUGGUGUAAUAUUUAUUCUGGUUUGCAUUGUAUUGUAUAAUAAGAUGAGGAAUAAAUGAAGUUUGAGUAUAUUAUUUUAU